AUGAGCCCUUGGAAGGCACCUGGACCGGAUGGUUUUCCGGCAAGAUUUUAUCAUAAACCUAGUGACAUAAUGCAUAUUAACAAAACUGAUAUAUGUCUUAUCCCCAAGGUGAACCAACCUCAAAAUGUUUCCCAAUUUUGUCUUAUAUCGUUGUGUAAUGCGGUGCACAAAGUGUUGAGAAAGAUUCUUGUAAACAGACUCACUUUCUUAGACAUCAUCAUGCAUGCAGUUUCUAAACCAAUGUUAAGUGGAAUGGAGCUAGGAGUAAUUUUUUUAGACCCCAAGGAGGCAUUCGACAAGGAGAUCCUAUUUCUCCCUUAUCUGUUUGUGCUUUGUAUGGAGAAGCUAUCUCAUCUCAUCUUGAAAGCUAUGCAUAACAAGGAAUGGAAGACUUUGCAGUUUGAUAAAGAGGGGUCGUGGUUGUCUUAUUUAAUGUUUGUUGAUGAUCUCUUACUGAUAGGUGAAACAAAUGAAGCCCAAAUGGAGUGUGUGAUGAGGAUUCUCCAUAAAUUUGGUAAUAUGUCGGGUGAAGAAGUUAAUAAAGACAAAACAUGCAUCAUGUUUUCUAAGAAUGUUCAAAGAGGGUUGAGAAACAAGUUGAUUUAA